GACAACCAAAAUAUAGCUGAUCCUGGCCCUCGUGAAAUUAAUCUAUAGGCUAUAUGGCCCCAAAACCUGAUCAUUUCGGGCGACGUUUGACAAUUUGGAGAGACGAAGCCUUUCGAAAAACCCUCAACAUGCAGCUGCACAUCCACCGGUGAGUCGUAUCACCACGUUUAAGUAGUGAAAAUAACCAACAAGGAGCGGAACACUGCGCUAGACGAGGCUGCCGUCCGUCCGGCGGCGGAUUUAUCUCGGUAGCCAGAGACGUAUCGGACGGAACAUGGCUGCUAUGAGGACUUUAACGGUGGCGGGUCUCUUCAUGGCGUUCUGCGCUUUAGGGUUGAUCGCGGUCGCGAUCAGCACUGACAACUGGUACGAGACCGACGCGAGGAGGCACCGGGAGCGCUGCAAGAAUUACUCGAACAAGAGAAACGACCCGGGGUACAUUUACAUAUCGAACAACAACCUGCCGCUCCGCAUGCUGCCCAAGGAGAACAACGUGGAGCGGAAGGGCUCCAGUGGCGGAAUGCUGCUGCGGGCUAAGCGACACUUCUUGCCUCCUGCCCUCGCCAUGGAGUCGCUCUGCAGUCGGCAGUACAACUCAACCAUCACCGGCCUGUGGAGGAAGUGUCACCGGGAGGGAUACGACCUGGAAACGGAGGAUUUGAUCUUCAAAGGAUUGGUUCAGCGCUGCAUACCAAUUAAAUACUACUACUCGUCAGCAGCGCUGCCCAGGAAUUUACCCCUCAAUCUGACCAAGACGAUAAGACAGGAUGAAUGGCACGCACUUCACCUGCAGAGGAUGACAGCUAGCUUCAUAGGCAUGGCCAUAUCCAUCAUCCUCUUUGGCUGGAUCAUAGGCGUACUGGGCUGCUGUAAAGACCAUGAUCUGAUGCAGUAUGUUGCUGGACUUCUUUUCCUCAUGGGAGGGACAUGCUGCAUUAUUUCUCUGUGUACCUGUGUAGCUGGGAUCAACUUUGAGCUGUCCCGCUACCCUCGUUACUUGUACGGACUGCCGGAGGACAUCAGCCAUGGGUAUGGCUGGUCUAUGUUUUCUGCCUGGGGUGGACUGGGCCUUACGCUGUUGGCUGGCUUCCUGUGCACGCUGGCUCCCUCCCUCUACCCUCCGCACACCCCAGUGGUACAUAAGCCCAGACAGGAGAACGGCUGUGUGUGACAGGCCGUCACACAUCCAGCGGACUCUCUCUGAAGCGGUGAUGAGCCCUGUUCUCAGGACAGUGCCCUUGGAUUCAGCAGAGGGGACCUUCAUCAAGCUUUGCACUGGCUCUCACUCGCACGGAAAUGUGGAAGGGUGACAUUUUACUGGAGAUGGUUUCCGUUAUUCUGGUGCUUCUUGUGUCCC